AUGGGAAGACCGUCCGGGGCUCCUUUCAGCGGGAGACAGCGCUAUCCGCAGGACUGGGAGCUCCGUGACUUGCGUUUCGAGGAAAUCGAGAGCGACGACGAUGAUUAUGGGCAUGGCGUUCUUUUGAAUCCGAAAUCUAGGGACUCUCGCGCUCGCGAUAGGUUGGUGAGCGACGAGCUUUAUUUCGAUGGGUACGAUUUGGGGCGGGAUAGACUUUCUAAAACACGCGGGUAUUAUGGGGACGAGGGUGUGGCUUACCAGGCGGCGGUGCGAGACAAAGAGAAUGCUCUCAUUCAUACGGCAUUGGAGAGGAUCGCGCGGGCGAGGGCAAAGGGAAAGACGAAUGUGAAUCUGUCGGAAGAGGAAAUGGAUGCGCUGGAGCGCAGCAGAGAUCAGCAGCCGGAAGCAUCUCGAUCAGCUCUCGCUUCUCCACCGCCGACCCCAGCGAAGCAGUCGAGUAAAGCAAAGGCGAGCGGCAGGUCGGCCAGCGCCACGAACCUUUCGAGCAAAACGCGCAAACGGAGUUCCGGAUUCUUUGGGAGCUCGACAUCACCUACGAAGUCGAGUGGCAAGACCAAGGGCAACCGUACGCGAUCGAGCGGUGAUCACGUAUCCUCGUACGCCAGAGACGACUCGCCGAGACUGAUCGAGGGUCCAAAUGGAGUGCCGGUAUACGCGCCAUCUCCAGGAGCUCCAUACUACGGCCAGGAGCUUUUACGAAUUCAAUCAGAGAGCCCGAAAUCGAGUUCACGCCCGAGUUCGAAGCAGAAACAUCAGCGUCGGCGAGAAUCCAGCCCGCCCGACCGCGCCGACUCCUAUCCUCAAUACCCACCACCCAGGCACCCUUACUACUACAACAGCAACUCGCCAUACGGCCUGCGACCGGAAUCCUCUGAAUCCAAUCGCUCCCUCCCCGACGAUGAGAACUGGCGGCCUCCACCUGCACCUGCACCACGCCAGCGCUCCGCCUCCAACGGUCAAUAUAUCGCAAGAGGUCCAGCGGCCGAAUACGACUUCCCUCCAAGACUGCCCGCUGCGCAGAGCAGGCGGAAUUUCAGUGGACCCCCAGAUGUGCGGUACGCAGCUGCUUCUGUUCCGCGGCCGCCGCUUCCUUCGUCAAAUCUGGCUGGGAGACCCAUUGCCCAGCAUUCGAGUCACUCGGACCCUAGUAUUGCUGGGGGCCCAAGGAGGGUUAGUGCGCUGAGCAGAGAGGUCAGGGGUGAGCGGAGCAGUAGUAGUAGUAGCAGCAGUGGGGAGGAGGACGAAGAGGAUGAAGAUGGCGAGGACAGGCGAGGGGUGGAAGUGGAGCUUAUGCCGGCCGCUUCUUCUUCGAAUGGGAAUUCGUACUCCAUCAAGCGGGUUCCUGUGCCUUCGUCGGCGCCCGUGAGCGGGAAUGAAGGGCGGAGGCGGAAGAGUGGUCGUAGGUAA